AAAAUUUGUCAAUGAUCAUGUAUUACAGCUGUAGCAGUGAUUGAAAAUAAUCAAGUGACAAUGAUGGAAAGGCUAUAUGAGAGAGACAUAUGAAAUAUUACGAAAAAGGAAAAAAAUAAGGAAAGAAAAGUGGCAAUGAUUAUGGAAAUUAUCAAUGGAAAUGAAUAUAUCGUCGCUAUUAGAUAGAAAUAAUUGGUGCCGCUUCUACUGGUUAGAAAUAUAAUAAGGAAUCAGGACGAUGACGAAUCAGUACUUUUCAACUUAUGUCGAAGAUUUGGAACAGGAACCUUUUGAUGCCAUUGAUUUUGUGGAAAGAUUGGCAUGGCGUUUAACUGGCGGCAAAGAUGACAUUAAUGUUAUAGAUUUGAAAACAAAGUUUGAAGAGGAAAUUGGCAAUUUGCAAAUGUUAAGCGAUCAAUUUCAAUCGAAGAUAAGUUCAUUGGAACAACAAUGUAGCAAUGAUAAACGUGAAUAUUUAAACGUUCUACACAAACUUCAUGAACAAAAUGCUGAUGCUAUGGAUAAAUUGAAGCAGUUGGAUAGUACUAUGCAAACAGUCUCAACUAAAGUGGUACAUUUGGGUGAUCAGCUGGAAAGUGUUCAUUUACCACGUGCUCGCGCUAAUGAAGCUCUUCAGCUUAUGAAACAUUUCGAUGAGUUUUUGGCAGAUCAACCUUUAAGUUCUGAUAUCUUCACUGAUCCAGAUAGGUUAUUGGAAUCCGCUGCUAUGAUCCAGAAAUUGUCAUCUAUUUCCCAGGAAUUAGCAAAAGAUAAAUACAGUAACGUGCAGAUUAGAAUUGCUCAUAAGUACGAUGAAAUCGAGCGGUUAAUGUUAGAAGAAUUUGUGCGAGCCCAUCGACAGGGUAAUUGGCGUAGAAUGCAUGAAAUUGCUGUGAUUUUGGCUGACUUCAAAGGUUAUUCGCAGUGUCUGGAUGCUUUUGUUGAACAUAUGCAGAUUAAUGCUUUCCGUAGUGAUAACGUUUUCGAUGAUAUUUUAUCGCUUUGUCAGAAAACACAGCCGAUGUUGAAAGAGAUUUUCCCGAAUCCCGACCAAGUAAUGUCAAAGUUGAUUCUAAAUUUAUUUCACGGAAAACUACAGGAAGUCAUAACGACAAAGUUGAGCGAUUCUGAAAAUGAUUUAGAAGCUUAUUUGACAACAAUACAUGACCUGUAUUCCAGAACGCAAAAGUUAGUGUCAAAUUUAGUUGCACUGCGGAUUUCUGGAACUGAUCUUCAGUUUAUGGACACAUUGGUGCGAUCAGUGUUCGGGCGUUAUUUAGAAACGUAUCCCACAAUUGAGCGGCAGUUCUUGACAGAACAAUGUGGCGCUGUAUUAAGUCGCUUUUAUGAAUCGAAAAAUCAUCAAAAGAAACAAAUCCAGAGUGGGGGGUUGCAAGAUUUGAAGCGAGAUAUUCAAGCAAGAUUAUUGAAUGUGGAAACAUAUGGUGGCGAAACAUUUCUAUCUGAAGAAUUAGCUAUUAACAUACUCCAAGAAACGAAGAAUGCCUUCCAACGCUGCCAGCUGUUAUGUGAUAAAGAGGAAGCGCCGAAAAUGACGGAAGUGAUAUUUGAUGUACUUUUGCGAUUUUUGUACACGGAACAUUUGGAUUAUGCAAUCGACCUUUCACUUGCAGGAAUAUCAUUAGCUGAACCAAAAGCUGAACCUCCUAAUUAUUUUUUUCUGUUGUUCAACAAGCUCGAUACACCUAUCAAGGAUGAUUUUAUAAAGAAACGUGGUGAUUGUUUGCGUAACGUUGAAAAUCGUAUAAAUCUUGGGCUUGAACGGCAGAUUAAUGCAGUAGUUGGUUACAUACGUUUCUUGUUGACUAAUGAACAAAAGAAGACAGAUUUUCGUCCUGAAGAUGAAAACCAAAUGGUGACAGCUAUGUCUAAUGCUUGUGCCCUUGUUAUCAAAUACUUGAAUGCAGAAGUACAGGUGAUACGUGAUAGUCUUGAUGGAGGUAAUUUGACAACUCUGCUUCUCGAAUUUGGUCGUCGUUUCUACAAAGUUCUUUUGACGCAUAUAUAUCAAUUCACAUAUAAUUCUCAAGGAGCUAUGCUUUUACUAUGUGAUAUCAACGAAUACAGAAAAUGUGUGCUUAGCUGGAAAAUUCCGGAAAUUGGCAAGCAAUUUGAAGCUUUACAUGCACUUGCAAACUUGUUAGUUGUUGUGCCUGAGAAUUUAAACGAAGCUUGCUCAUCACAGUUACUGAUUGAUACUGAUCGAAGAAUGGUUAAUAGCUUCAUACAACUUCGGAUGGAUUAUCGAACAGCAAAAUUACACUUAAAUUUUAUAUGA